AUGCGCCUCGCUGUCAGCACUGGCCCCAGUGCUGCACUAGGGGGCGCUGUGCUGCAUGGAGGUGUGCCAGGGGAAUCCUGGGCCCCACCCCUGUUCCCACUUCUCUGCGCCUUCCCCAUUCCCUCCUUCCACGCCUCCUCCCAGGCUAUUCCCCAUUCCCUCCUUCCGCUCCUCCUCUGCGCCUUCCCCAUUCCCUCCCUCUACUUCCUCUGCGCCUUCCCCAUUCCCUCCUUCCACGCCUCCUCCCAGGCUAUUCCCCAUUCCCUCCCUCCACUCCUCCUCUGCGCCUUCCCCAUUCCCUCCUUCCACGCCUCUUCCCAGGCUAUUCCCCAUUCCCUCCUUCCGCUCCUCCUCUGCGCCUUCCCCAUUCCCUCCUUCCACGCCUCUUCCCAGGCUAUUCCCCAUUCCCUCCUUCCACUCCUCCUCUGCGCCUUCCCUAUUCCCUCCUUCCACGCCUCCUCCCAGGCUAUUCCCCAUUCCCUCCUUCCAUGCCUCCUCUGUGCCUUCCCCAUUCCCUCCUUCCACGCCUCUUCCCAGGCUAUUCCCCAUUCCCUCCCUCCACUCCUCCUCUGCUAUUCCCCAUUCCCUCCCUCCACUUCCUCUGCGCCUUCCCCAUUCCCUCCUUCCACUCCUCCUCUGUGCCUUCCCCAUUCCCUCCCUCUACUUCCUCUGCGCCUUCCCCAUUCCCUCCUUCCACUCUUCCUCCCAGGCUAUUCCCCAUUCCCUCCUUCCACGCCUCCUCCCAGGCUAUUCCCCAUUCCCUCCUUCCACUCCUCCUCCCAGGCUAUUCCCCAUUCCCUCCUUCUUCUCGUCCUCUGUGCCUUCCCCAUUCCCUCCUUCCACUUCCUCUGCGCCUUCCUCAUUUCUCUCCUUCCACUCCUCCCCUGCGCCUUCCCCAUUCCCUCCUUCCACUUCCUCUGCGCCUUCCCCAUUCCCUCCUUCCACUCCUCCUCUGCGCCUUCCCCAUUCCCUCCCUCUACUUCCUCUGUGCCUUCCCCAUUCCCUCCUUCCACGCCUCCUCUGCGCCUUCCCCAUUCCCUCCUUCUUCCGCUGUUGCUCCCAGUAUGCCCGGGCAACCCCAUGGAAUUGGCGUCAGUGGGGUGAAGUGCCCGGAGCCCCCCGCUGUGGAGGGGGGGUUUGUGUUGCUGUCUGCACUGGGGGAAGCUAAGAAGCUUUGAGCCCAGCCCGGUGCUCCUGGAAUAAACGCUGCUGACCAGU